AUGUUUGCCGCCGCUACGAAGAACUUCGUUAAGCAAGUUGGCGAUGGAGGGAGAUUGGUUCCGGUGCCAAGCUUAAGCGAAGCUGACAAAUACCAACCUCUGAGCCUUGUGGUUAAAAAGAAGAGAUGUGUUCUGUUUCAAAGACCUAAAUUUACCUCUACACCUUUCACCCUCAAAGAUAUUCUCCAGGGAGACAGAGACAUUUCGGCUGGCAUCUCAUCUUACCAGUUACUGAACUACGAAGACAAAUCAGAUGUUUCACUCUCUGGGAGACGAGGAAAUCAUAUGAUGACUGAUGUCGGGGUAAAUGUCGCUGGGUCAGAUUCCGUUGCAGUGAAAGCUUCGUUCGGUGUCGUGACCAAGCAUGAAGUGGAAGUCCCAACGUUACUCAAAGAACUUACCACUAGAAAAAUCAACUUCGAUCACUGCCUCAUCCGUCAAUCAAGGGAGAAUAAGAAGGCCAUCUUGUGUGUGGUCAUGGAGAGCAUCAGGACAACACGGCAGUGCUCAUUAUCAGUGCACGCGGGGAUGCGUGGGGAAGCCAUGAGAUUCCAUAUUAUCGAUGACCAAAAUCCCAAGGGAAGAGACAAAGCUAUUGUUUUUCCUGCACACACAACUAUAGCAUUCAGUGUCUUUGAACUUUACAUUCGCUUGGAUGGUGACUUUGAACUCUGUUUCACUUCAGUGUCAAAAGGAGGAUUUGAAAGAGAGGAAACUGCAACAUUUGCACUGCUAUACAGAAUAAGAAAUAUCCUAUUUGAACGAAAUAGAAGGGUGAUGGAUGCCAUCUCUCGCUCUGACCUCUACUUGGAUGAUCUAUUUUCAGACUACUAUGAAAAACCCACCAGUAUGGCUGACGUCUCUGUCAGAGAAGGGACCCAUAUCCGAGUCAACUUACUUAAUCACAACAUCCCCAAAGGGCCUUGUGUCUUAUGUGGCAUGGGGAAUCAUAAACGGGAAACUGUGUAUGGAUGCUUUGAUUGUUCCAUCGAUGGACAGAAGUACGUGAGGCUCCAUGUUGUUCCCUGCUUUGAUCUUUGGCACAAGAGAAUGAGGUGAAUUUGGUUAAAAUUGCCUCAACCGAACUUUCAGGUCGGAUGGUGUCACAGUGCUUCCGAAAAUCGGCCACUUUGGGUUGAGUUAAUGAAUUGUUCCUGAUAUG